GUAAUGGCAGCGAAACGUAAAAAUGUUGUAGUGACAAUGGAAAAGAAACUAGAAGCCUUAGGUAGAAUUGAUAAAGGCGAAUCUUUAAAAACAGUUGCAGCAUCAUAUGGUGUCGGUACAUCUACAGUAUCGGAUUGGAAGAAAAAUAGAACUAAAAUCGAAGAAUUCUGUUUCAAAUUGAUAACAAAAGACAGUUUGGACAAUCGGUGCAAAACUAAUAAAGCUAAAAAUGAGACUCUCGACGACGCUUUGUAUGUGUGGUUUUGUGCGGAACGCGAACGUGGAUUACCAGUGUCUGGACCAAUUAUUCAAGAAACUGCACUCAAGCUGAAUAAAAUGUUGCCUGAUUGUGAACCAAAUUUCACUGCGAGUCAAGGUUGGCUGGAUAGAUGGAAAAAACGUCAUGGAAUACGCCAACUAUCUAUCACUGGAGAAAGUCUAUCUGGGGACAACAAUGCUGCUCAGGACUAUAAAAGCAAGUUUUUGGAUUUUGUGAGAGAAGAAAAUUUAACGGCAGAUCAAAUAUAUAACGCCGAUGAGACUGGCCUGUUUUACAGAAUGUUGCCAAGCAAAACUUUGGCCUCAAAAACUGAAGAAGCCGCAAAAGGAUACAAAAAAAGCAAAGACCGAUUGACAAUAAUGGCCUGCAGCAAUGCUUCGGGGAAGCAUAAAUUUCCCCUAGUCUUAAUAGGAAAAUCCAAAAAUCCGCGAGCACUGAAAAAUGUAAAUCGGGAUUCUUUACCAGUUGUUUACCAGUCUCAAAAGAAUGCAUGGAUGGACAGCACCACUUUUAAAAACUGGUUUUUUGAUUGUUUUGUGCCAGGUGUAAACAAAAUAUUUAAAAGACUGUGGGUUGCCAAAUAAAGCUGUCCUAAUAAU